UUAUUUUAUUUGUAACACAGUUAUGGAUGAGGUUUGCAUUUUUGUAAACUAUAACGGAAGGUGGGACGAGAAUAAUAGAUAUGUUGACAAUGAAACAAAGGAAGUAUUGGUUCCUCUUGGAACGUCAUAUAUUGGGCUUUUGGAGAUAUUAUUUGGUGCAUUAGAUUUGGGGCCUUUGUCCCAAACAAUACGAAUGAAGUAUAUAGCUGAAGUUGGAAGCUCUCCCAUCAAAAUAUUGUAUGACCGUGAUGUGUUUUUCUACUUGAACUUGAAAAAGAAAGAUCAUCAAAUUGAUAGCUACCCGAUUUGUCUUGAGAUUUUGAAUGAGCCGAUGAACGAGAUUUUGCCACCAUAUUUAGAAGAAAAUAACCACGUAUCAGAUGCAAACAUUCUGUGUCCGCCAUAUGAGUUAAACCCUGAUUCACCAGUAGGAGUGAAUGACAGGAGACCCAAUGUGGGCACUGAAGAUGAGCUAAAUGUUCUGAAUGGUUAUUCAAAUGCGCAAGUUUUCACUGAAGAAAGAUUCACUGAACGUCAAAUGGAAACUUCAAAUACCGAUGAUGGGCAUAGAACAAAUGAAGAGUUUGAAUACGGUGUUAGAGAUGUGAUCACUGAGCUCUCACCCAUUGCGCUGAAAGUGAAAAAUAUUUAUUCAAAUAAAAAGGUAUUAAAGAAACAUCUCAGCAUGCUUGCAAUCAGCAAGGACUUUCAGUUUAAGGUAAAGAGAUCUACAACAAAAUUACUGCACGUGGUUUGUAUGGACUCCAGUUGCAAGUGGACAGUACGUGCUACGAAGCUUCAACAAAGCGAUAUGUUUGUUAUAAAAAGAUAUGAUGAAAUCCACUCAUGCUCACAGAAUAUUGUUCAAGGUGAUCAUCGCCAAGCUACUAGUUGGGUUGUAGGGGAAUUAUUGAAGAGAAAAUACCAAUUACCUUCCAGUUCAAAUCUCAAACCUCAUGAUAUUAUUCAGGAAAUGUGUCGAACUUAUGGAGUGACAAUACCUUACAGAAAAGCUUGGCGAGCAAGGGAACAUGCAUUGACAAGUUUGCGAGGCUCAUAUGAGGAAGCUUAUAGCUCAUUGGCAAAGCACCUAUACAUGUUGGACAAAAAGAAUCCUGGAUCACUCGUUGUCUUGGAGACGGAAGAAAAUAAUCGGUUCAAGUACUUCUUCAUGUGCUUGGCUGCUUCCAUUCAAGGUUGGCAGCAUUGUCGACCUGUUAUUGUUGUGGAGGGCAGCUUUUUGAAGUUUAAAUAUGGUGGGACGUUGUUCACUGCUUGUGCUAAGGAUGCCAAUGAACAAAUUUUCCCUUUAGCUUUUGGGAUUGGAGAGUCGGAGAAUGAUGCUGCUUGGGAAUGGUUUUUUAUCAAGUUGAAGGAAGCGAUUGGAGAUCGUGAAGAGUUGACUGUAAUUUCAAACAUGGAUACAAGUAUCAGUAGAGCCCUUAAAAAAGUUUAUCCAAAUGCUGAUCAUGGUGUUUGCACGAAUCAUCUGUUAAACAAUAUGCAACUAAAGUUUGGAGAUAUAGACAAAAAUCAGUCUACUUCCUUUUACAAUGCUUCCAAAGCAUAUCUUGUGGAGGAAUUUGAAUCUCACAUGGCCAACCUUGAUAUUAUGGACCCGUUUAUCCGUAGAUACCUUCAAGAAGUCGGAUAUGAAAAAUGGGCUCGAGCUUUUUUUAGCGGCCGUCGGUAUUCAAUAAUGACAACUGAUAUAGUUGAAUCAAUAAAUCCAGUUGAGGUGCAAGCAAGGGAUAUGCCAAUCACAUGUUUGAUCGAGUGGUUGAGGUCAAUGGUGCAGAAAUGGUUUUUUGAACGGCGUAGUGCAGCUAAAUCCACAUUCACAGCUCUUGCAACUGCAGCAGAGGAUCAGUUGAAGCUGCAGAACGCAUUGUCGUUAUCAAUGGAAGUACACCGUACGGAUGGCAAUGUGUUUCGUGUUGUGGAUCCAAAAAUGCAGUCAUUUGUCGUAAAUUUGCAAUCAAAGACUUGUACUUGUAGGGAGUUCCAAGUUGAUCAAAUACCAUGUCCACAUGCUUUGGCUGUGAUAAAUACGUGCAAACUAAGUGCGUACAACUACUGCUCUAGUUAUUACACGAAGGAGGCCUUCUUUGCAUCAUAUGCAGCGACAAUUCAUCCUCUGGGAAGCGAGUGCAGUUGGGUUGUUCCAGAAGAGGUCAAAAAUAGAGUUGUUCUACCACCAUUGUGGAGACGACGUUCUGAUAUUUCAAGAAGUCGAAAGACUGUUUUCAAAGGAGAGGAAACUAAUUCGGUCACAUGUUCAAGAUGCAAGCAUUAUGGGCAUAAUCGAAGGACUUGCCCAAAUUCAAUACCGCUAAGCCCGGAAAAUUCAGAUGAUGACUGGUCUACGGGUCUAAGUGCCGCUAAUAGUGAUAGUUAAGUAUUAAGGAGGAGUGGGAUUUUCCAUGUAUGAUAUUUGCCGUUAUUUGGAGUUCUUAACGAAAUUAUAAUUUGUUUGCUUCAAUUUUUACUUUUUAAAAUGAAAUCUAAAGAUUUUACCUUCC